AUGCCAGCUCUACGAUGGAAGUCACAGCUGCCAAACAAGAUCGAAGAGCGAAGCUCAGAGCAGAAUGCGCCAGACGUGGCAUCAGCAAGCAUCAAACUGAACAAGGUCGUACGCUCAUCCUCCGCCGAGUUCGUGAGCCGCUUCAGCCCCGACAGCAGCCCUGACAGCGACGAAACAACACCACGACAACAACUCGAGCGCAACUUCGAUCUCAGAGCGAGGGUUAUGAAAGAGCUGCCCUUCCGUCGCUCACGCUCUGCAGGCGCUUCAACGCACCCUGAUGUGAGUGCCGGAGCACAACGAUCCAGCAUCGUAGAGGCAGCCGCAGCGAUGGUCAGCAACAUGCCGCAGGACCUCAUGAUGCCCAAGACCAGACUGAUGCAUUCUGAGCCGAAGAAGAACGGUGCGUGGGACGAUUGGAGGAAUAAGCCGUUGCCGCGUAUUGCGCAUCUGUAG